UCACUAUAUCUAUAUCUAGAGAAACUUUUGGACAGAUUGAUUUGAAUUUUCAGGGAUAUUGCUUGAAAAUCUAGAACUGGUUGGCUUUUUGACAUUAUGGGUAAAUUUUAAGGCAGCUAAUUUUUUUUUUUUUUUUAGGUAUAUUGUUUACCACGUGUCUUGUUCAAAGAAAAAAGUAGAAAAAGUUUUGUCAUUCACUAUAAUUUAGAACAAUGUAGGAGACAAAGAGAGUGGGUGUUUUGUCUGGUAUGAUGUAUGUCAAAUAAAGCUGAGUCUUAUUGGUCGGAUAUUGAACAUAUGUCUGGAAACAGAUAUUUAUGUAAAUGUUUGAAAAUGAUUUGUUUUACAAAAAAAGCUUUGUCAUUGUAUGUAUAGGUUUGUUCAUUCAAUCUCUGUUGAUCCCUGGACUUAAAGAUAUGUUUAUAGCUGAUUGUCUUUAUUAACUUGUGUAUCUUUUUCUAUGGGGAAGUAACAUCAGAAAAUAUUAUUUCUUCAUCUUAGAUUUGCAGACACCAUCAACAUAGGAUUAUAAGUAAAACAUUGUCAUUUGUUUGACAGUUUUAUUUUUACAUUUUAUAACCUCUUCUCUGCUGCCACUUUAAAGCACUUUAAACAUUAUGAAGUAUGAUAUUUACAAAAGAUUCUCAAUGGGGAAAUAAGAUGUUUUAAUUUUAUGAAUAUCUAGGAAUCCCUUUUUUGCUGGACUUCAUAAUGUCUUGCCACAUGCGUCACUUUUACACAUCGUUUGGUUUCAUUUAUCUACUCACAUACAUGGAUGGAAAUUGAAUGCAUAUAUUAAGAUACACACAUGUCAUAUGAAAUUAAUAUUAUCCUCUCUAACAAAGGCUUUAAUAAAUGUCUUCAAAGUACAAUAGAAGAUUAAAACAGGUCCCUAAUCACUUAAGAUCUGGAAGAUUAUUAUUACAACUUUGAAAUGUUCAUUCAACUGUUGAGCUAACAAACAAUUUCCCCCAGGAAAAAAUGUCACAGCAUUAUAUAACAAGAAUUAGCAAGUAAUACAGUAGACAUUCAUGUACAGUCAGCUCAUUGAGUUGUAUGGACAUUAGGAAAUGGAGGGAAAUAAGGCAGUUAAUCUAAAUUUUUAAAAAACUGUACAUGUACAUGUAAAUUGCAGUGAAACUGAAAUGUUUCUUUUAGGUGCAAUUCUCUGGUUCAUGACAUAUAAGAUUGAUAUUCUAUUUUGAUCAUUUAUAGAAUCAGCAUACAUAUUUUUGUCAUAAGCAAGAAUAACAGAAGAUGAUUUAUUGAUAAUAGAUAAGAAAUAAAGAAAUUGUUGUUUAUUCUAAACAUUCUCUCACUAGAUCAAUGAUAAUAUCAACCAUAGCUUGUAAUAUGCAAACGUAGCAUUAUACAUAUUAAAAUGAGGACGUUUGAAUUGCUGAUUUUGUCAGCUGUUGUGAUAGUAAUUAAAACAAAGAAGAGUGACAACUCAGUUGAAAAGUCUGAAAAGUCAUGUUCCAAAACUGAGUUGCCGCCAGCUAUUAAUACGUUUUCGUUGGAAUUAUAUAAGAAACUUGCCGCAAAAGACAAGGGAAAAGAUGUCUUUUUCAGUUCAUUUAGUAUUACGACAGCUUUGUCGAUGCUCCUCCUAGGGGCCGAUGAAAAUACAAAGGAGGAAAUGGAGGAAGUUCUUCAUGUUGCUGGAAUUCAGUCAGAUGAUCUACAUUCAAUGUUCAGCUGCCUCUAUAGCUACCUUCAAGAUGGUGGUAUCCUGAAAAUGGCAAAUAGACUCUAUCCAAAUAUCACUCUUGAUGUAAAACAGGAUUUUAUCAACAAUAUCCAAAAAUAUUAUGGUGUUACAUUGGAGCCACUCAAUUUCAGAAAUGUUGAAGAAAGCCGCAGAGUUAUUAAUAAUUGGGUUGAAAAGCAGACCAAUGGACAGAUAAAAGAGAUGUUACAACAUGGAGAUGUUGAUGCUCUUACCAUCAAUGUUCUUGUCAAUGCUAUAUACUUCAAAGGUGAAUGGAAAGAGAAAUUUGAUGUUGAAGACACAAAGCAGAUCCCAUUUGUUGUUAACAGUAAAACUACAGUAUUAGUAGAUAUGAUGACAGCUGCUAGUGAAUAUAACUAUCAGAAAAGCUCAGAGCUUCGGACAGAUUUCAUAGAAUUACCAUACAACCAGAAGGGAUACCCAGAUUUGAGCAUGGUCCUACUUGUACCACACGACAAUUUUGGUCUAGAAGAAUUGGAAGCAAAAUUGACCAUUGAAAAUCUGCAGCAAAACACUGAGAAAAUGUCUCCUAUGAAGGCACGCAUAUUUCUCCCGAAGUUGAAGUUAAAUUCUAGAUAUGGGUUGUCAACCAUAUUGACGGACCUUGGAAUGAAUGACCUCUUUUCUCCUCAGGAUGUGGAUCUAACUCAGUUGACAGAUGAUCCUAGGAUUGAGGUGUCCGAGAUCAUACAUGAAGCUUCAGUUGUGGUCAAUGAGGAAGGUACAGAAGCAGUUGCUGCUACAUCUGUUAUUGGUAUGAGACAUGCAGGGCCACCUAUAAUCAGCUGCAACCAUCCUUUCAUAUUUCUUAUCCGUGAUGUCCUCUCAGAAACUAUUGUGUUCAUGGGUAGAGUGGUGCAUCCUGGGUCUACUUCAAGCAAAUCGGAACCACAAACGGAUCCAUCUAAAUCCAGGGAAAGUCCUGUUGUGUUGCCAGAGCAUAAGCUAAUGGAAGAAGAAGUGCAAGACCCUACUGAUUCAGUCUUAGUUCAAAAUUGCAGAGAGAACUGUAAAGUGGUAUGUCGUGCUGAGUGUUUCAAGGAUGUGCAGAAACAGUUGAAAAUAGGAAAGACAAGAAAAGCUAAAAAUCACUUUAAGAAGAAUAAGAAGAAUUUUCUGAACAUAUUGAUGCUAUACAAAAAGUGUAAAGGUCUUUGCAGAACUCCCUGUGUACGCAAGUGUGGAAGGAGAGCCUUAUAAAAAAGUCAAUUUGUUGUAUAAUGUGCAUAUAUCUUGGGGGAUUAUUGGUGCACUAAUAAAUGCUUAUAUGCUUAUGAGAUAUAUUGUCUUCUCUGUUAAUUGAUUUAAUUGAUUUAUCAACCAUAAGAUAGCAAUGAUAAUGCCAGAA